AUGCAGCGUUGUGCAUCGGAAAGCGCAUAUAGCUUGGCCGUCGACUCCGGGAUGCAUGCGUUCAGAAGCGCAUUUGGGAACCACGGCCUCGAGAGCGACGACUACGUGAUAGCGGAACAGUCGCAUGACGGCAUCCAUGCAGCGAUGCGGAGGCGCUAUGCCUUCAGCGUCCGUCCGUCCUGCAGGAGAAUUCUCCUCGGCGUAAGCAGCGACGUCGCCGACUAUUUCAAGGCAAAGGACGCCAAGAUCAAGACGGCGAAGGCCAUGAAGGCGAGGGCAGUUGAAUCCCAUGCGGCCCAUGCGUGUUUUGAGACAUAUAUAUGUAAUUAUACAUAUACACACAUACAUAAUCAUACAUAUAUAUAUAUUUAG